AAUGAGCAGGCUUUCUGCGUUUUUGGUUUUCUUUUCCUCACACAGUCUGCCUUUUUUGUCUGCUCUUCACUUGUUUCUUGGACGCCAUUUCCAGUAGUCGUUCUUCCACUGUCCCCCGGUGGAAUCGGCGCGCGGUUUCCUGCGAACGCGCUUUCUUUGAAGAACUUUCUGCUUUCCCUGCUUGCCGAGCUUCCGCAGAGGAAACCAAGAUGGUGGGAACAAACGCUCCUUCUGCGCAGGCGUCUUCUGCCCAACACGUUGGCGGCGCUCGCACCUCCGUGCCUCGGCGGAGAGUCACGGCUGGGGGUGGCGCGUCGAGCGCAGCUGGCCAGCGCUCUAGGGGAGUGCCUGCGUCCUCCCAGGGUAUCUUGCGUUUCUACACUGACGACACUCCAGGUCUAAAGAUCGGACCCCAGACGGUUCUGAUCCUCACUCUCUGCUUCAUGGCCUCUGUCGUUCUCCUCCACAUCGUCGGCAAGGUUCAUCAGACGUACGGCGGAGAGAACUAGAGGAGCAGAGCUCGAAGUUGGAGCUCGUUCAGAUCUUUGCUGCGUCUGCCGCGUCUUAGCAGUUGCUAUGCUCCCUGCAUGCGUAGAUGGCAACUCUGUCGCUGUGACAGCGGACGCCGAGCAACCCAGAUGGGGAGGAGAGGCGGGAGCCGUUUUUAUUGCAGAGGAGAAAGCACUGGACAGACGGCGGAGCGACGAAGAGUGUCUGUGGAAAGUUGCGCUUUCUGGGGGAGAAUCAGACGACCUCGAUGAACAGGCUCAAGUGCCCUUCCGG